AUGGCACUCCUGGCAAAUACUAUGACCUCAAAGUCUGGUGGUUAUAUCACCAGACGAUUGCAUGUGCCGCAAGAGGUUUGGUCACAAGGAGGGGCCAAGCUUACAAACAUACCAGAAAAAAUCCGUGUUGUAGAAGUGCUCUGCUCAGCCCUGGAGGAGAUGCAGCAAUGCAGCGUGGAAUCUUUUGGCGCUAGCGUUGGUAGUGGACUAGCUUUGGGAAUUGGUAGUGUAACUCGCAAGGAAGCUGAGACAUGGGUAGGCAAGUUAGAGGAGUUCUCCUCGAUAUGCGAUAGUGUCGUCGCGAACUUUGGCAAGAAGCUUAGUGUGGGCGAAGGUUUUGUGGUCAAGAAAAGUGGCGGGGUAACAUCAUGGGGAGGCAAACUUACUCGACAGAUUGACAAGUUUACCAAUGGAAAAAACCUUGAUUCACCUGCUGCCUAUGUGUCUGGAUUAAAUAGGCUGUUUAUGAUAGCCCAACUCAUCGACGAGCAUACAAAGGCGCUGAUGUCGCAGCCUGUCGCAGCCACAUACGCAGCGUUCCCCCUAGAUCUCCGGGUCGCUGCAGAAGUCAAGCUAAAACGCGCCUCCGAGUUCUUUGCGAGCGUCGUGCUGACAUUCGUCAUCCGCGACCUGGCGCAGCUACUCGACAAGUACGCCAAGAAGUGUGAAAAGUGGCUGGCAGAAUAG